AUGCGCCUUUUAUUGCUAGGCCUUGCCUGCGCAGCGCAGGCGUGGGCAUGGUAUCUGCCUGGAAGUGCUCCUAAUUCUUUCAAGCAGGGUGACCGCGUGCCUUUCCAGGUGAAUGCGCUGCAGCCGAUGGGCGGAGCGACGCCCGUGCAUGGUCUCGUGAGUUAUGACUUUUACGACGAGCGUUUUGGAUUCUGCCGCCCCCAGGAAGGUAUUGAGUCUGUGCGUGGCAGCCUCGGUAGUGUACUGUUUGGCGAUCGCAUUUACAAUGGCCCGAUUGUGCUGGAGAUGGGGCGCAACCAGGAGUGUGCGACAAUCUGCCAGGCCCAGAUGAGCGUCGAGCAGGCCAAGUUUAUUGGGGAGCGGAUCAGCGAGCGCUACGGGGUGAAUUUUAUGGUCGACGGUCUUCCUGUCGUUGAUCGCCGGCAGACCGGGGACGACGGGCGUGUGCGGCUGAACUCGAUCGAGUUUGACCUUGGCACGACGCUCGACGCGUCGAUGAAAGAGCUGCCGGCCCCAGCGCUAUUCAACCACUACGCAUUGAAUGUAUCCUACCACGAGCGAUCUCCCGGUGAGUACCGCGUUGUUGGUGUGAAUGUGCUUCCACGCUCGAUUGAUAGUCUAGCAGGCGGCGCGCAGCAAAGCCCGAACUGCUACGCACAAAAGCACCUGUUCCUGAAUCCAAAUACUACCAACACAGUUGCGUACACAUACAGUGUCCACUGGUCCUUGAGCGAUACGCCAUGGGCUACUCGCUGGGAUGCGUAUUUGCACGUCGUUGACCCUCGCAUCCACUGGUACUCGCUGCUGAAUUCGCUAGCGAUUGUAACGCUGCUCUGUGUCCUCGUCGCUGUUGUAAUGACGCGCGCGGUGCGCCGUGAUAUUUAUCGCUACAAUGCGAUUGACCUCACCGAGGAUAUACAGGAAGACUAUGGCUGGAAGCUCAUCCACGGCGAGGUGUUCCGCUCCCCGUCGUCGCCAAUGCUGCUCAGCAUCAUGACUGGCACAGGAGCACAGCUGCUGGCCAUGGCGGUUGUCACGCUUGUGUUUGCGCUGCUUGGCUUCCUCAGCCCCUCGAAUCGCGGCUCCUUGGGUACGAUCAUGAUUAUCACAUGGACCCUCUUUGGCUGCAUCUCUGGUUAUGUGAGCGCAAAGGUGUAUGCGAGCUUUGGUGAGGGAGAAUGGCGGCGCAACAUGUUUCUCACCGCGUUCCUCUUUCCCUCUGCUGUGUUUGCACUGAUGAAUUUGCUCAACUUCUUCCUUGUGAUGAACAAGUCGGCGGGCGCCGUGCCGUUCGGGACCUUGUUGGCGCUUAUUGCACUGUGGUUUUUGAUCAAUGCGCCGCUCUCCUUCCUAGGCUCGUACCUCGGACUGCGCUCCGGCGCAUUUGCACAUCCCGUCCGUGUAAACCAAAUCCCGCGCCAAAUUCCCCCGUCACCGUGGUACAUGCGGCCAUGGCCAUCAGCACUGCUCGCGGGUAUUUUACCCUUUGGUGCAGCAUGGCUCGAGCUCUUCUUUAUCAUCAAUUCCUUGUUUGGCAGCAGGGUCUAUUAUGCGUUUGGCUUCCUCACGCUGACAUUUAUCAUCACUGCUGUCACCACAGCAACGGUCAGUAUUCUUGCCAUGUAUAUCCACCUGUGUGCCGAGGAUUACCACUGGCAAUGGCGCUCGUUUAUCACCGGCGGCGCAAGCGCAAUUUGGCUCUUUCUCUACGGACUAUUCUACUGUUUCACGCGGCUCAAUCUUCCCGACAUGUCGAGCAAGAUUUUGUUUCUUGGAUACCUCGCCGUGAUUGCCAUGCUGGAUUUCCUCCUCUUCGGCUUUAUUGGCUUCCUCGCAUGCUACGCAAGCGUCCGCAAAAUUUAUAGCCACAUUCGCGUGGAUUAG